AUACAUCGACCGACUUGUUAGUUCAAAGAUCACGUAAAAUCAGUCCAACUCCAGUGAGUCAUCAUGGGUAGAUCUCAAGAACAGGGACAGGGACAAGGUCCGGUUCACAGCAUCCGGUUAUCGACCGUGGGUGCAAUCCGGCCGACAGAGACCGGUACGACCCACGAACCAACCGGUUUAGACCUAGCCAUGAAGCUCCACUACCUCAAGGCGGCUUAUAUUUACUCAGCCGAGACAGCACGUGACUUAACCGUGAGACAUCUGAAGGAGGCCAUGUUCAUGUUGUUCGACCAGAUCGCUUGGACCACAGGCAGGUUCUCACGGAAAGACUCGGGCCGUCCGUACAUCAAGUGCAACGACUGUGGCACGCGUUUCGUCGAAGGUCAAUGCAAUCUCACGGUGGAAGAGUGGCUCAGUAAACCGGACCGGUCUGUUGAUGAGUUUCUGAUUUACCAUCAACCUAUUGGACCGGAGUUGACGUUCUCACCUUUGAUCUAUGUUCAGAUGAUCCGGUUUAAAUGGGGAGGAUUAGGUUUGGGCCUAAGCUGGGCCAAUAUAAUAGGAGACUCAUUCUCUCUAUUCUAUGCCUUCAACUUAUGGGCUAAGCUCAUUACCGGCGAAAAGAUUCAUGUCCCAACACUCUCUAAGGGAGACAGAAGGUUCCAAAGUCCAAACCCGACGGUUAAAGAUCCGGUUUCAAUUAAACGGGUCAACCCGGUUGGAGAUCUCUGGGUCACUCCAAACGACAAGAAAAUGGCGAAUUACUGUUUCAAAAUCGUCGUCGCCGAUCAGAUACAACCACAUUUUCCGGCGAAGGGAGCUGAUCCGAUUCCGGUGUUCGAGAUUCUCUCCGGGAUCAUAUGGAAAUGCAUAGCUAAGGUUAGGGAAGAGCCAAAGCCUGUGACCGUUACGAUCAUCAAAAAGGAUCCGAACGAUUUGAAACCUAACGCGAUUCGCAACAGUCAGGUGAUAAGUUCGGUGCAAGUUGAUUUUCCGGUGGCGGAAGCGACGGUGGAGGAAUUGGUGAAAGCUAUGGGGGAAGCGAAGGAUGAGAGAAGUGGAAUUGAGGAGAUUGGAGAGAGUUGUGAUGGGAAUUUGGAUUUUGUUGUUUAUGGAGCGAAAUUGACGUUUUUGGAUCUGAGUGGUGAGGAUUUGUAUGAGGCGAAGGUGAUGGGGAAGUCGCCGGAGUCGGUUUAUUGUAAUGUUGAAGGGAUAGGGGAGGAGGGAUUGGUGGUUGUUUACGCGACGGCGAAAUCGGAGGAGAGGAUGGUGACGGUGACGUUGCCGGAGGAUGAGAUGGAGAGGGUGAAAUUGGAAUUUAAGAAGUUUGGUUUGAAUUGAUCGCGCCGUGAGAAAUAUCAAACGGCUAAUAAGUGUAAACGUGAAGUGGUGAAUGUUGUGCUAUCUUUUUUAAAAAUUUAUCUUUAUGUUUUUGUUGGAUUGUAACUUGUAACGUUGUUGUAAAAUUAAAUAAUUGAUUCAAGUACUU